AUGUCUGGCGCAAGUCUUCACAAUGCCCUUCUCCGACCACCAAUUAUCCAGAUUCUACGCGCAACUGGCUUUCAUGCCACAUGCCCGUCAGUUCUAGACACACUUGCGGACCUUACUGCCCGAUACAUAAUGCUUCUUGCCUCCUCAGCGUCAGAUCACGCCGCGAACGCCCAUCCAGAGGAUCCGAUACCCGUGUUAGAAGACGUCUACCAAGCGCUGCAGGACGCUGGCGCACUGCGACCACAAUUACAAGAGUGGGAAGAAUGGUGGGAAGGAGAGGAAGACAUGCGGGGACUGGAAGGGUUCCUUUCAUGGUUCACGGGUCCUUCGAACAGCGAAAUUCGACGUAUCGCUGGUUUCGUUCCUAGUGAAGGUGAUGUGGUCGAUACCGAUUCCCUCGAGAAGGAGGACUACCUUACGGCCUUGAAAAAGAAACAUAGUAAAACGGGAGAGGAAUCUCGAUAUGCUGGUACUAUUCUUGGGAAAAACGCCGAAGAACAUCCGGUUGUCAUCGAGGGAGGUGCGCCCACAAUCCAGGAAUGGAGCUCUCAGAUGCGAUCACGAGCGCCUUAUAUGGCGGAUAGCGACUCAUCGGGUGUCAGCAGUGCUCCGAGCAAUCUAUCCGAUACCGAAGGCAUGGAUGUAUGA